GAUCGAAAGUGAUCGAGAUUAAGUCGAUCGUGAUAUCGUCGAUUGAAUUCUUACCAAGACCUUCAGCAUUGUAUAUGACGCUCGGCGGUCUAGAUCAGUUUGCCAAGCUAGAGACAUUGGAAGCUUUUAUAUUUACCAAGGAGUGGUCCAUUUCCUAUAGACAUAAUCCUAAUUGACCGGUUCAGACAUGCACUAUACGUAUUCUCUAACAGCGCUUUACGGACAUCCUGCAUUUCCGGAAUGGGUAUCCACUUCAUGGCCGGGUAUCGAACGGUGCUGUGCCUGACCUUGACAGCGACCUUGGUCGCCGGGGUGGAAAGACAUGAGAAUCACAGCCGGAAGGGGGUUAAAAAACACGGAAAACGGGGCGUCCUCGAGCUGAGAUAUGGACUUCCGCAGCAAAAUGGUCCAGCGUCUGUUUAUGGUCCACCUGCAGCAGAGCCUGCUCCAGUCUACGAAAAUCCCGCACCUAUCCUUCAGCCUGCUCCACUUCCGCCUCAACCCGCGGGACAUCCGGUUCCGGUGCAUUUUCAACCCUUGCCGGUUCCUCAUCCUGUUGGUCACCCGGUUCCCAUAACGGCUCCAGCGGGACUUCCGGCGAUUCCGAAUUUUCCAGUCCCUGCACCGGUAAUCGCACAUCCGGUUCCUCAGCCGGUGCCCGUCGGUGCACCGAUCAUCCAAACAGUGACGAAACACGUCGGGAUCCCGGUUCCCGUGCACAUCGACAGGCCAGUUGCAGUUCCCGUUGCCGUUCCUGUUCCCAGGCCGUAUCCCGUCCACGUCGAGAAGAUUGUCCACGUUGAGAAGCCGGUGCAUUAUCCUGUCCACGUGGACAGACCAGUAGCUGUUCCCGUCGCCGUUCCUGUGCUGAAACCCUAUCCGGUCGAGAAGUACGUCCACGUUGACAGGCCGUAUCCGGUUCACGUUGCAGUUCCGGUUCAUAUACCGAAACCGUAUCCUGUUCCCGUUGCGAUUCACACGAAGCAUUGGAAACCAGUCGCACAAUACGGCUGGUAGACUAUCGCAGCGCGUUUUUCAUUUCUACA